AUGAAAUUUGACGAUACCCCCGGUUUUCGACAGCCCGCGACGAUUGCGAUCGCGACCGGAAUCGUACCCAUCAACACCAAGCACGCCCGCACAAUCACAAGCAACAACUCCUCCUGCUCUCCCACCGCUGCCGCUACUGUCGCCACUCCUGCCAUCUUAUUAUGCUACCGGAACGGCAUCAAUUCACAUGCCGUCACUGCCACAUCGCCCAGCGCUGGCUCCCCUAACGAAGAAAUUGCCAUCCUCCACGAUGUCGUCACGGCUGCCCAGGAUAAUCUCGAUCUCCUCCCCGAGGGUGAGAGGUUGGCGACGAACGCUCUGUUUCAGGCAUACGACGCCGUUCUCCCAAAAUACGGUAUCGACCCCGAGGAGGACCAUCACAUCUCGCGCUUGGUCUUCCGAGUCGGCGGCGAGCGCGGCGACGGUUCACUUUUGGAUAAACUUCGCAAUGUUUUGGCGAGGAUGGGUAUUGAGCUGGAGUUCGACAGUCGCAGCGAAGGUUCGAGACCGCUUUCAGACCCAGGCGAUGAACGAGACCAUGGAUUCCCGUUGCAACCGUCACCUCCUCACUCCAAUAGCGAACAUAACUUUGCUACCACGGACGAUAGCUCUUCGGAGCAUAUACAGCCAUCACAGCAGGGGCGCUUCAGGCCGAUCACUGCCCCAGACGAGGCAAUCCGUAACGGCGACUGUGCAAACCUCCAAAGGCUGAUGCCCAUACUUCCAAGGCCAAAUCACCUGGCCCCUGAUCUCUCCGAACGCUUAAAGCACUCAUCCCAAAGUCACUCGCCAUCCACAGCUGCGGGUACGGAGCCGAGUCACCAGAGCCCACGGUCAGUGACUGGCUCCAAUGAGCACCGUGGAGCUAGCGACACCACUAUUCAACCCGUUGAGACUGUUGCCCACGAUGCGGGAAAGAACGUCAGCAUCGCUGCUUCCCGUCCUGUCCGACCCAAGUCUGUUAGGACAGUCAAUUGGCUUCUGCCAGAGGACGUUGGAGCCAGGCCUAUUGUUGAUGGGCACGAAACUUUACGGGCGGAGCAAAACAUCCAUUACGAACCAUUUCCAGCGCAAGGCGAACAGCGUCCACUAAGAAAAGACCAGCCACAAUUCUCUCCUGGCCAAACCAUGUCUCAUGGCCAGUACCCUCAACACGAGCAGCCCCAGCAAUACUUGCCCCAGCAGGGCAAUCUACACCAGCAACAAUCUGUAGCCCAGAACGACAUACAUAACCUCCAACAUCAACAGUCCCAACAUUACGCUCUACCCCAGCAAUCCAAUGCGCCUCAAAACCCGCAGCAGCAACAACAGCAACAGCAACAGCAACAGCAGCAACAACAACGACAACAACAACAACAAAAACAACAGCAGCAGCAACCGCAACGGCGACAGCUGGUGUACAUUGACGAAACCCCCAGAAAUGAGGUCAGCGGUCGUCAGCCAAAUAUUUCGACAGUCGUCCAGCACGAGACCAGCAAGCGGCCCAGCAUUGACACAAAGGUUCUUGGGCAGGAGUCGUCUAACAUCGAACGACAUCAAGUACUGCAACAGCAGCAGCAGGAAGUAGCGCCAGUUCCACAAAAGGAACCUUCUGGUGACAACGUCCUACUUACUAGGCAAGCCACACCUCCCGAUGAGGGAUUGGAAGAUGACCUAGCGAUGGAAGCACGAUACGCCUGGCUGGAAAAACGAGCGGCUCGAGCGGCUCGUUACCUGCAGAUUCUCAGAGGAAUAUCACAUUGGGAGACCUACGCAACCGAGAAGCGUGAAAGAACCGCCGUAGCCAGACGGCAUAUUUUGCGCAUGCGCCACUUUGACCCCUGGGAGUUGGUGACAGCAGACGCCAAGCUCAAGGGGCGUCGUAUCUUUACUUCCCGCUUGCUGACUCUUUGGGUCUACAUCACGGGCAGCGCGUUCACCAUCCUGUGCGAUCCAGGCACCAUUGUCCAAACCGUCUACGACGAAGACCCAGCUCAUCUGCAAGCCGUUGCAUUCGACGAGUGGUCUGGAAAGAUCGCAACUUGCACCGAUUCCGUCAUCAGAGUUUACAAGCCAUUUGGACAAUCAGAGGACGCUUUAAAGUGGGGACUCCAGUCUUCGUUCCUUAUACCCGACCUUCGAGAUGCUAUCGACAAUACCAUUUUGAGCUGGGGCACAUCCGAAGAGCUCCUCGUAGCUCAUUCUGCCCUUUGCAUGUAUUCGACGGCCGACGAGCCAAACAGCAUAUGGACGAAAACCCUUCCGAGCCCCUCCAAGCUUGCAGAAAUAUCCUACGAUUCGGCGUACAUCGCCUCGGUUGGCUUUCAUGACCGCCUCGUCAAGGUGUGGCGCCGUCUCACGUACGGCGCUGAAGACGUGCGCUUCGACUUGGCUUACCUGCGACACCCAGAUAUUGUGACAAGUAUCCGAUGGCGAAAACCUUAUCAUAUCGAACAAGCUGUCCAAAAUGUGCUUUAUACUGCAUGUGUCGACAACAAGAUUCGCAUUUGGACGGGGUCCGACCCCCAUGCCCCCCAGCAACUGAAUCUGUGGGGGACCAUUGAUCUGCCUUCGGCAUUCCGGGAGCAGAGUCUCAGGACCGUGAGCCCCCCUACAACAUUUCUGGCCUUCAUCAUCGACGGCAGGGACGUAUCCGCUGCUACGGAGCUAGCUGUACAACGCCGCCCGAUUCAGCACGGAGAACAAGAUAACGCUCUUGAGCACCUGAUUUCCCUUGCAAAUAAGAGCCCUGAGCUAUGUGUCGCCUUCAACGGUGCUGGGGAAACGGCUGUCUUUGUUGUAGAAGACGUAGGGUCUAAAUCCAGCAAGUCCACGGCCGCGAACUUGUCUCGAUUCAAGCCGCAAGACCUCGAAUUUAUGUGCAGCCAGCACGUUGUGGUACAAAGUUAUUGUGACCGGCGGACUGGGCGACUACGUAUCUUGUUUCACGACUUUGAGGGCCAAAUACAUGUUUAUGAAUCUGACUUGGUGGACUUCCUCAGCCCGGCCGCCGACCAGAAUUGCCUUUCUCGGCAAUGUAUGUGGUCUGGGCACUCGGCUCCUAUCAAGAAGAUGGUCCGAAAUUUUAGCGGGCGAGCAGUGGUUUCCAGGACAGCGGAAGGCGAAAGCAUCGUCUGGACUCAUAACGGCAACACCAAAUCAGGAUUAUCGCGACAGAGUGUCAUUCCAGGUAGUGGACAUAUUCACCGCAUAUGUGUUCUCCGAAAAGGCCGCUUUGUCAUUUUUCUGGAGCAUAACACCAUAUAUCUCUGGGAUUGCCGGUUGCCAAAGGCCAUGUUGUUGGCACGUCAGUCCUAUGAGAUUGCUGGCAAGCCUCUGUGUUUGGUGAUACUGCCUAGGCAGCCACACGAGGAGUACGCAGUAGCCCAUAUUGCAACUGUCACCUCGGAACAGCAGGGUCUCGUUUGGAAGGUCAAUCUCCCGCAGUAUUCACGCCGAGGGUCCGAAACUUGUGUCAACGGGCGCGAUGAAGGUUCGAUACAGGAGUACUGCAGGUUUCAACUUGACAAUAUCGAAGGUCUUGCCUACGUUUUGCCUGUUGACCCGGCAGGCUCUGCACCUGUUACAUCCGGCUUUCUUGACGUCUUUGCUAAGGAUAUUGCUAUUUCGUACACGCAUUCUGGGCGGGUUGAUUUCUGGACAGCCCGUGUCGACUAUACAGAGGACAGGGUUGGAUGGCUUUCAACGUGUUCAGCCGAAACGGGACUUUCGGAGCCAGCAUUGGACCUUGACUGGACAUCCACUCCAGACUCACAGUCAAUACUGGCGGUGGGCUUCCAGUCCAAGGUUGUUCUAUUAUGUCAGAUGCGUUUUGACUAUCUCAAUAAAGGACCGGCGUGGGCUGCUGUGCGAGAGAUCAGCAUUCGAGAGCUCACUCCCCAUCCCAUAGGCGAUUCGACCUGGCUUGGUGAUGGGCAUCUUGUUAUCGGUUCUGGCAACCAGAUAAAGAAUGGCGUAUGGGAUUUAUUUGAAGCUGUUCAACGAUUUAAUGGUCCACUGCCAAUCUUCCACCCACAGUUUCUGAGUCAGAGCAUUCUUGCAGGAAAGAGUAUAGCGGUGCGAAAAGUGCUUGUGUCUUUGUACAAGACACUCAAGUUUCACGUCGCAGAUGAACCCAUCGACGACUACCUUGGACUCGAUCCAUCUGAGUUUUACCAGGACGAGGCAUCAGCAAUGCAUGCGUCCGGAUCGCAAAUUAGUUCUCACUUUGAUUACCAGGCAACUGCGGAUGAAGAGGACGAAAACUUCACUGAAGACGUUGCUUAUGCAAUCAACGAGCGGUUGACCAAGGUCGAUAUUGAACAGCUCUCUGGGCAUGAGCAGAUCCAAUUGGCAGAUAUUGUCGAGUGUGCCGGGCUCGUCGAGAAACAACGUAGAUCUUUGGAUGAAAAUGGCGCUCGCUUUAUGCUCUUCUUCCGCCAACAUGCCCUACGGAAAGGGCGGACGAGCGAAAUCCAGAUGUCCUGGAGAGAGAUCAACUGGGCCUAUCAUUCCACGAGCCAGGACAUUCUUGUUGACUUUGUCACGAAACAGUGUCACAGCGGCAUUCGCUGGGAAGACGCGAAAGAAAGCGGCAUGUUCAUGUGGCUGGGUGACCGCAAUGCGUUGCGAGCGCAGUUUGAAAAUGUUGCUCGAAACGAAUACACCAAAAGUGACGCGAAAAACCCGGUCGAUUGCAGUCUGUAUUACUUGGCUUUAAAGAAGAAAACGGUGCUCCAGGGUCUGUGGCGCAUGGCAUACGGAAAUCGUGAACAGGCUACGACUCAGCGCUUCCUCGCGAAUAAUUUUGAUGAUCCAGUGUGGCGAACAAAAGCCCUCAAGAACGCUUAUGCCCUGCUCAGCAAGCGUCGGUUCGAGUACGCGGCCGCAUUUUUCCUCCUGGCGGAUCAUCUUCAGGACGCCGUCAAUGUUUGUCUUAAUCAGUUGCGGGAUCUCCAGCGUGCAGUUGCCAUUGCAAGGGUUUACGAAGGAGAUCAGGGACCGGUUCUAAGAAAGCUAUUGGAAGAAGAGGUGCUUGCUCUGGCGGCCAGGGAAGGCAAUCGUUGGCUCGCCUCUUGGACUUUCUGGAUGUUAAAUCGCAAAGACAUGGCUGUAAGGGCCUUGAUUUCACCCGUUUAUACCUUGAUCGAAACACCAUGUACCCCUGACAUGCAAUCGAAGUUGUUCCUCACAGACGACCCGGCUCUAGUGGUUUUGUAUGCCCAGCUACGACAAAAGACGCUGCAGACGCUUCGCGGGGCCUCCAAGGUCACUCCUCGCGUAGAAUGGGAGUUUGUGCUACAUAGUGCGAAGCUUUACGACCGAAUGGGCUGCGACCUACUCGGCCUAGAUCUCGUCCGUAAUUGGGAGUUCUUGAAAUCCGCCAUAAGCAAAACGAACGGGUUGGGCGGCGAAAUCAAUCCGCUGAAGCUAUUGCGUCGCCGUAGUUCAUUGGUCGUUGCAGAUCUCCCAAUGUCGACUCUUCAUGUGGAGAUGAGAUCUGGCGUGAACAGGAGCAAGGAUUCAGCGCCAACAGUCUUCCAAGAGCCGGACUCAAGCUCACUGCUUGAUAGCUUCGGUUUCUAA